UUAAGCUUUGAUGUGGAGUAGCAGCAUGCCUUUACUCUGUCACAUGUUGGCUGUAGCUUUGAUUCAGAUCUUCAUCAUCUCAGGCCACUGGAUCUUAGCCAAGAACAUCAACUUCUAUAAUGUGAGACUUCCAGUAGACCCUUCUCCAUUUCCAAGCAGCUUCAAGUGUUUCACUUGUGAUAAUGUUGUGGACAACUACAACUGUAACAGAUGGGCUGAAGAUAAAUGGUGUCCUCGGAACACACAGUAUUGUCUGACUGUUCAUCACUUCACCAGCCAUGGAAUGAGUGCCUCUGUCACCAAAAAAUGUGCUACUAAGGAAGAAUGCCAUUUUGUUGGCUGUCGCCGUCACAGGGAAACUGGUCAUAUGGAAUGUGUCUCCUGUUGUGAAGGGAUGAUCUGCAACAUAGACUUGCCAACGAACCACACAAAUGCCAUAUUUGCAGUUGUGCAUGCACAGAGGACAUCAAGCAGCAGCAGGAAGGCUGUUAGCAUGCUGUUGCUGGUCUCAGUCAUCACAGUUUACUUGUUGUGA